AUGCCGCCAAAGAAACGUGCAUACGUGCCCAAGACGAAAGGCUGCCAUGAGUGUUCUAAGCGACGAAUCCAUUGUGACCGGACCGAACCCAGUUGUCACAAGUGUACCUCCAGAGGCUUAACUUGCAGUGGCUUAGGCAUUCGGCAUCGCUUCAACAAGGGUGUUGCCGCCAGAGGGAAAUGGGCUGGCAAGACUAUCGACAGAGUCUAUGAAGAAAACGAAUGGAAAGUCACAACCACAGACGAAGACGAGCGAAAAUCAUCGACAACCUCGACUGAAACUCAGCUGACGGAAACCGGCGUAUCUCUACCUCAUGAUGAUUACCAACUAUGCGACUUCGAAACCGCGGCUCAAUCCUCAAACCGAGAAAUCCGAGAUCUCAUUACUCAGCAAAACGGGCUAUUAGACGACCAUACCGCCAUUUGCACUCUAUUCUUACACGACAUCCAAGAAAGUACGCCUGCAUGGAAGCGGCAUCUAUUUAUGACUUUCUCACAAUGUAUAUCAACUGAGAUGGUGGCCAUAGACGGUGUUCACAAUGACUGGCGCCACCUGCUCCUCCCUCUGGCCCAGCAAGACGAGUUAGUGAUGAACGCCGUCCUCACCGUCUCGGCAUUCCAUUUCCAUAUCAACAGACUCGAAAACUGCCUUAAGCAGAGCGAACAGCAAUAUCAACCUUUCGGCAACAUUUCAUACGACUCUUAUGUGCCUGACCCAUAUGUGCUCCUUAGUCGAACUAUUCAAGGUCUACGGAAGCGACAGGAACUCAACUCCCGGGACCAAAUUACACAGCAUUCGGUCUUGAUCACUCUGUUACUACUCAUGACUUCUGACCUUGUCACUGGAGGUUCGGAUUUUCCGAUGCUUCUGCGAAUGCUUGAGUCUGCACUGGAUGCGAUCGGCGGCAAGGAAGGGCUGGGAACUGGUAUCCUGGCGGGCUUCAUCAUGCGUGAACUGCACAAGAUACGAGUUUACGCCGCUCCACAUCUCGGUGAAGAAAUGGGUCUUCAAAUGAUCUCAUCCCAGGCUCAAACAGACCAACUGUUCGGCUGUCUCAACCACUGCCUUCAACUGUACCCCGAACACGCCCCUCUCUUUCAACAAGUCGCAGAUCUUGUCUACCAAGCCCGAGAUAUCUAUCUUCAACAAGUUCUAUCCGACCAAACAACGAAUUUCUUCGACCUCGAUCCCAUCCCCGCUAAUCCAAGCUCGAUAGCUCGUGUCCAGCGCUUCAUCAAAACACUCGGACAAAUACCUCAAACGUCACCAAUAGCACACAUGCUGAUCUGGACCACGUUUGUAGCUGCGUCUGAUGCACAGCUCGACGAACACAAGAAAUAUUUCGAGGAUGUGCUUCGGAUACAUCAUGCAAGGAGCGGGUUUGGCAAUUUGCUCAAGGGAAUUGAGUCGUUGAAGAGGAUAUGGGGAAGAAAGCCCGGCGAAAGAUGGACUACGCUUCUACCGCUGACAAAAGUACUUGUUGCAUAA